AACAAAAAAACCCAACUUGAAGCUUGGGAUUUGUAAAUCUCAUUCAUUUCUUCUUCUCUGUGGUGUUGGUGCUUGGACGAGGAAGCUGUGAGCCGAGACGACAAGCAAGGUGGAAAUGAGUGCGUACCCAACUCGCAGAACCGAGUCAACUCACCAUGGACUCUACCAGUUCGCCAAAACCGCUCUCAUCAAGAUCUUCAUCUACCCACGAUGUCUCUUUUUUUUGACAAUAUCUGACUGGGUUUUGGUUAUUCGAAGGCGUGUGUCACUUGUGCUGUGGAGGAGGACCUGAUGCAGAGAAGUGGGACGGAGUUUAAAUUAGUCAUUAUAUUGGAGUUGGUAUGUGAUUUACAAGAAGGAUUCAGUGUUCUUGUUUAUGGGUCUGUGCUAUGUAUGUAUGGGGAUGAGGGAGAUGUGUGUGAAUGGCAGAUGUAUCGUCCUCUGGAUUAAGUGGAUAGAGUCAGAGGAAGAAUUUCACUGCUGAGAUCUUUUGAGACCAACCCCUGUAAUGUGAGCCUCUUUUAUAGCAAACGCAGCCCAGUUGAUGUUUCUGCGUUUGCUCUUUGCAUGUCUGUAGUUUGAUUUGUGGUAGGCUUGCAUUUGGUUGAUUUUGUUAAUGCUCCUCAAGUUAUAGUUUUUUGCUGCUUAAAAGUAGAUUGUGUUUUAUGGGUUUUUAUUUUUUGUUUUUUAUUUUUUAUUUUUAUCUUGGAAUGAUUCUAUGAAUUCCCUUUAAGAUGUUACUCAUACUUUGUCUCUGAAUAGCACGAAAAUCUCUCUUAGUUUUGUUAUUUACCAUAGAUGAAGCAUUUACGAACUUUAUGAGAUACUGCAGUAUAUGAGACUGUUAUACCUGGCUCCUGAAUUGCUGAAAGUUGGAAACUUUAUGACUCCUCCCCACUCCAAUUAAUCCACUGUUUUGCCUUAACAGGAUAAUUUGGAAAUCCAUUUGCAGGACAAGGCUGCUCAAGCUGAUCUUCUUUGUUGCCUGCACCAUUUGUAGCUAUUAAAUCUUCGUGUUGAGU